CCUGAGAGGCUCAGUUGCGAGAACGCACGAACUCUGGCGGCAGGACUUCUUCUUCGUCUUCUGUUUUUUGUUGUACCGCCUGCGCGUCCGGACAUUGGAGCUCUCGCCGAGGGACGAUCUGAAGACACAGCGGGGACGUGAACAGAGGUCCCCCAUCCCCCGCCGCAGCUCGAGACCACCUCACUGCCAGUGCCCCGUCGCCAUGGUCGAACCUGCCGAGGGGCCGUCCACAGCCGGACAGAGGCUGGGCGCCCCUGAAAGUUUCGGGGUGUCCACCCUGGAACCAGGCCUGCGUCCUCCUGCUCAGCCUCCCGGGAGACUGGUCUCCAUACGGGUGCAGAUGCUAGACGACACACAGGAAGUCUUCCAGAUAUCGCAACGUUCUCCUGGCAAAGUGUUGUUCGACCUGGUUUGUGUCCAUCUCAACCUGACGGAGGGAGACUACUUUGGGCUGGAGUACCAGGACCAGCGCAAGAUGAUGGUGUGGCUCGACCUGCUGAAGCCGACGCUGAAACAGAUCAGACGUCCCAAAAACACCAUCCUCCGCUUUGUGGUGAAGUUCUUCCCUCCUGACCACACGCAGCUCUUGGAGGAGCUGACUCGGUAUCUGUUUGCGCUGCAGAUCAAACGCGACCUCGCCUGUGGUAAUCUCAUCUGCAACGACACCAGCGCCGCCCUCAUGGUUUCCCACAUCAUUCAGUCGGAGAUCGGCGACUUCGACGAGACCCAGAGCUGGCAGCAUCUGCUCCACAACAAGUACCUGCCCGACCAGGACGCCAUCAGAGACAAGAUCACCGACUGCCACCGCAAGCAUGUCGGGCAGACUCCUGCAGAGUCGGACUACCAGCUGCUGGAAAUCGCUCGGCGGUUGGAGAUGUACGGCGUCCGUCUGCACCCAGCCAAGGACAGAGACGGAACCAAGCUCAGCCUGUCGGUGGCACACACAGGGGUGCUGGUGUUCCAGGGCUACACUAAGAUCAAUGCCUUCAACUGGUCUAAGAUCCGCAAACUCAGCUUCAAACGCAAACGGUUCCUUAUUAAGCUGCGAGCAGACCCCACUCAGAAUGCCCACCACGACACGCUGGAGUUCGCCAUGGCGAGCAGGGACUGCUGCAAGAUCUUCUGGAAGAUCUGUGUGGAGUAUCACGCCUUCUUCAGGCUCUUCGAGGAGCCCAAGCCCAAACCCAAGCCUAUCCUCUUCACCAGAGGUUCCUCCUUCCGCUUCAGUGGUCGAACUCAGAAGCAGAUCUUCGAUUAUGUGAAAGACUCAGAGGUCAAGAAAGUUCCAUUUGAAAGGAAACACAGUAAGGUUUUGUCCCACAGCGGCAUGUCCCCUCACUCUUCAUCCUUCAGAUCACAAGUGCCAAAAGAGAGUGCCAUGUCUGUAGCAGACCAGCCUGACUCGGCAAGACUGGCCCUUCGAGCUGAAUGUAACGGUUCAGAAGAGCUGCCACUGGUCACAGCCCCCGCCAACGGUUUCCAAGAUACACCAGCGGCGUCUGGCUCAGACCCCAUUCAGUCCAGACGGAACCACCACAUCAUCGGGUCGGCGCCGGACCCGCACCUCCUCAACCCAGGAAGUCCCGGCUCAGACGACUCUCCGCUGGGAAGUCCCCACGUCGUAGUCAACGGCAACGGCUCAGCGAACGGACAGUGGGUGGACGACGCCGGCGUCCUUGGUCCAGGUCAGAUUCCCGAAGGUCAGCAGCUAUCGCCGCUCACCAGCCCGCUGCUCACCGAAGCCGGAUACGUCCGCAAUGAGGACGAGGACGAAGCGAGGAGGAAGAAGUAUCCCACAGACAAGGCCUACUUCAUAGCCAAGGAACUGUUGACCACGGAGAGGACCUACCUCAAAGACCUGCAGGUUGUCACGGAGUCCUUCCAGAGUUCUGUGGGGAAAGACGAGGCCUUUCCUGACUCCGUUCAGAACCUGAUCUCCGCCAACUACGAUCCGGUCCACAAGUUUCACCAGGGCUUCCUCAAAGAGGUGGAGCAGCGGCUGGCACAGUGGGAGGGUCGCUCCAACGCCCACAUUAAGGGAGACUAUCAACGAAUCGGCGAUGUUUUACUGAAGAACAUUCAGGGUCUGAGGCAGUUGACAGUUCAUCUGCAGAAACAUUCAGAGUGUCUGGUUGAACUGGAACGGGCCUGCAAGUCCAGUCGGAAGGUGGAGACUCUGUGUCGAGACUUUGAGCAGCAGAGGGUUUGCUACCUGCCCUUCAACAUCUUCCUCCUGCGACCUCUGCAUCGCCUACUGCACUACAAACUCAUCCUGGAGCGGCUCUGCAAGCACUACCCGCCCACGCACGAAGACUUCAGGGACUGCAGAGCGGCCCUGGCGGACAUCUCAGAGAUGGUGCUGCAGCUCCAAGGCUGCAUGAUGAAGAUGGAGAACUUCCAGAAGCUCCUGGAGCUGAAGAAAGACCUGACCGGCAUCGACAACCUCGCCAUCCGCGGCAGGGAGUUCAUCAGACUCGGCUGCCUCAGCAAGCUCUCGGGGAAGGGCCUUCAGCAGAGGAUGUUCUUCCUGUUCAGUGAUUCCUUGGUGUACACCAGCCGAGGGACGACCCCGGCCAACCAGUUUAAAGUUCAUGGCCAGCUGCCCCUCUAUGGCAUGACGAUCAGAGAAAGUGAGGAGGAGUGGGGAGUCCCUCAUUCCUUCACGUUGUUUGGACAGCGCCAGUCUGUUGUGGUGGCGGCCAGCUGCGCGUCGGAGAUGGAGCGGUGGGUGGAGGACAUCAAGAUGGCGAUUGACCUGGCGGAACAGAGCAGCAGCCCGACCUCUGACCUGCUCUUCACCAGCCUCCCUGACAACAAGCUGCUGGAGGACGGUGCCGGCGAGCAGGAGUCCGAGGAGGAGCUCUGCGGCUCGCGCACGUCCCUGGAGCGCCAGGGUCACCGUGGCAACACCACCGUGCACGUCUGCUGGCACCGCAACACCAGCGUGUCCAUGGUGGACUUCAGCGUUGCCGUCGAGAACCAGCUGUCAGGUAACUUGCUGAGGAAGUUCAAGAACAGCAAUGGCUGGCAGAAGCUCUGGGUGGUUUUCACCAACUUCAGCCUCUUCUUCUACAAGUCACAUCAGGAUGACUACCCUCUUGCCAGCCUUCCCCUGCUGGGCUACUCCGUCACAGUGCCGUCCGAGUCGGAGAACAUCCACAAAGAUUACGUCUUCAAACUCCACUUCAAGUCCCACGUCUACUACUUCAGAUCAGAGAGCGAGUACACCUUCGAAAGGUGGAUGGAGGUGAUCCGCAGUGCCACCUGCUCCUCCAGCCAAUCCUUGCCGAGCACCAGGAAGGACCUUUACUGAUAAAUCUGCUCCAUCCUCCUCCUCCUCCUCUUCCUACUUGCUCCUGCACUCACCUGGGUGAAGAUCUGGACUUCAGACUGCACAAACACCAGACUCUUUACUACCGCAGACACAGAAUCACGCUGCACACAGCAGGCUGUCCCAGUCGACACUAAUUAACGCCUCUGAAUUGUUGAUUCGCGCUCUUCUGACACUUUGCGUCACUCAGACGUCCUGCACACACCCUCUCAUUACACACACACACACACUCUGCACCACCAGUGUCUGAUUAGAGGCUGGGGUGGAAGUCGCCCACGAUGCAAACCAUUAUGUCAUUUGACUUUUUUUCGACACGCGCGCAAUAUUUUCCUUUUUUGACUUUGUUUUUGCGCCAUUGAGUGGUGUUCACACACACAUGGAUUUAAUAUUCACACCAACAACAUCCCCGUUUACAAUAAGUAUUCUUUUUUUUUUACUAUUUUAGAUAUUCCUUUAGAACAACACUUUUGUGAUAAGGUUUUAAACAUUCACACAAAUAAGAUUAAAUAAAACCGAAACCCGGAUUUAAUGAACUUUUAUGUGGAGAUCUGUGUUAACGUGAACCCACUCACACUGAAUAUCUUCCGUUUGUGUGACAAUCUAUAAAUAUUUGGAUGAAUUGAAUGUGACGCCAGUGUGGACACGAUUAGAAAAACACCCGUCAUUUCCCUUUUUUUUUAUAUAAAGCGACUUUUUGUACAGUACUUUGAUACACUGUGAAAUGUUCCUCAUCUCAUUUCUCUUUCCUUUUCAUCUUGUUUUCCUGCAAGCUUUGUUAAAAAAAACCAAAUGGCUUUAAAACUGCUUCCGACGCCAACAGAGUUUUCACUGGUCCGCUGCCAAAAAAACGUUCUCCUCCGUAUUACACCAGUUUUCUUCUUGUUUUUUUUUUAUACUAUUUUAAAUAAAGUUGAGGAAAGAUUGUGUUCAUAAAAAAACAACUAUAAAACGAGAACAACCCAGAAAA